UCGGCUUUUUGAUUGGUCAACUCAGGUGCCCAUCGCCGACCCCACAACCUAUCCCGCGCUUGGAGGGGCGGAGAGCGGGCCGGAUGAAACGCUGGGCCAGCGAGGCGAGUGUGGGCCCGGAAAUGGCGCGACGGCCAGCACUGACCACCGGAACCUGGAGCAGAGGUGGACUGUCUCUACCAGGCUGGUGUUAAGGACCAACGGCGCGAACUGAGCAGGGCUGGCAGGGGCUAGGCAGGUGACGAAAAUGAGAGACGCAGCCUCGACGACAGGAAUCUUCUGGCUCUUAGACUUCGGCAAGCGAUUCAGUCCUUGAAAGAAAACUCGGGAGACUGGAUCCAGCCAAAGAAGCCCGGGUUCGAAUGUAGGGCGGCGUCCGCGAGAGCCUGCCCAAGUACCGGCGUGCGCUUCCCUGGUUUGGUCCAAACCGCCGAUGGAAAGGAACACCCCUUGCACAGGCCCGGUGCACGUGCCUUUGGGCCAUGUUGUGGCCAGUGAGAAAUGGCGGGGGUCGCAGCUGGCGCAGGAGUUGCAAGGGAAAGUUAAGCUCGUUUUUGAGGAUGGCCUGACACCAGUCGAUUUUUACCUGUCGAACAGAUCCUGCAUUCUUUAUAUCACCGAAGCUGAUUUGGUGGCAGGAAGUGGUUACAGAAAGAGGCUUGUUCGGGUUAGAAAUUCCAAUAACCUUCAAGGAAUUGUAGUAGUUGAAAAAACACGAAUGAGUGAGCAGUACUUCUCAGCCAUCCAGAAGUUUACUGUGCUAGACCUGGGGAUGGUGUUGCUUCCAGUGGCCAGCCAGAUGGAAGCAUCCUGCCUCAUUGUCCAGUUGGUUCAAGAGCAAACCAAAGAGCCUAGUAAGAAUCCAUUUAUCAGGAAGAAACGGGCUCUGCUCUCUGAGCCAUUCCUUCUUCGAACUGUGCAGCAGAUCCCAGGAGUUGGAAAAGUUAAAGCUCCCCUUUUGCUUCAGAAGUUUCCAAGUAUCCAGCAACUGAGUAAUGCUUCCAUCCAAGAACUUGAGCCGGUUGUCGGCCACGUGGUAGCCCAGCAAAUCCAUGCCUUCUUCACACAGUCUAGGUGAUGGCUGGCCUCAUGUCUACUGUGUUUUUGCCUUUAGACCACGAUCUAUAGGAUCUUAUUUUCAGAUUUCAAAACCAAGGGCUGGCUCCAUGGUAUGGUGGUUAAGGCAGCCAGAUCCCACAUGGCCAACUCUGCCUUUCCAGUCCUGGCCCUGGCAGCUUGAAGAACAUACUGGG